AUGGCGACCUGGGAACAGAAAGAUGGCCCUCUCAGUGAGACGAUGCAGACGAAGGAGGAGUUUUCAGAUCAGACCGGCGAGAUACAGUAUGAGAGCGAUCCAAACACCAGCUUGCACCGUGGACUGAAAUCCCGGCACAUUACUAUGAUUGCUAUUGGUGGUGCAAUUGGAACUGGUUUGAUUAUUGGUACUGGAGCUGCUUUGGCAAAAGCUGGUCCCGGGUCCGUUUUUAUUUCUUAUCUCAUUGUCGGUUUUGUCGUCUGGAUUGUUAUGAGCGCGCUUGGUGAGAUGGCCGCAUGGCUACCCCUCGCCAGUGGUUUUACUGGAUAUGCCGUUAGAUUUUGCGACCCUGCUCUUGGCUUUGCCCUGGGUUACAGGUUAGUAACUACUUGCACCUGCAUGAAUGCAGUUUUGUUCUUUUUUUUUACAUUAUCUUUGCUAACAUGUUGUGAUAAUAGUUAUUACUGCAAGUAUAUUAUCAUCACGCCGAAUCAGUUAACUGCUGCAGCACUGGUCAUACAGUACUGGGUUAAGCGAGAUAAAGUGAACCCAGGAGUAUGGAUCACUGUUUUCCUGAUCGUCAUUGUCGCGAUCAACUACUUCGGCAUCAAAUUCUUCGGCGAGUUCGAGUUCUGGCUCUCCUCGUUCAAGGUCAUCAUUAUCCUUGGAAUCAUGCUCCUGACUCUCAUCCUUGCCCUCGGAGGCGGUCCCGAUCAUGAUAGGAAAGGGUUCAGAUACUGGAAGGAUCCAGGAGCGUUUAACACAUACCUUACCCACGGCGCAUCCGGCCGAUUCCUUGCUUUCUGGUCAACUAUGGUUCAAGCCACUUUCGCUUAUCUCGGAACUGAGCUUGUUGGUGUAACUGUCGGCGAAGCUCAGAACCCUCGAAAGACGAUUCCCCGUGCUAUCAAGCUUACCUUCUACCGAAUUCUCUUCUUCUACUGUCUCAGCAUUCUCUUCCUCGGAAUGGUUGUGCCAUACAACCACCCAGACCUCCUCUUUGCAAACAAGUCUUCCAACAGCGCCAGUGCAUCUCCAUUCGUUGUGGCUAUCCAGAUCGCCGGAAUCAAGGUUCUUCCAUCCAUCUUCAACGCCUGCAUCCUAGUCUUCGUCUUCUCUGCCGCCAACUCCGAUCUCUACAUUGCAACCCGAACCAUCUACGGUCUGGCUCGUGAAGGCAAAGCUCCCGCUAUCCUUGCCAGAACGAACCGCAGCGGUGUCCCUAUCUACGCCCUUGCACUCUCUACCAUGUUUGCCUUGCUCGCAUACCUGAACGUCUCGGACGACUCCAAGGUUGUGUUCGGCUACUUUGUGAACAUGGUUACCAUGUUCGGUCUUCUCUCCUGGAUCUCCAUCCUGGUAACACACAUCUACUUUGUGCGUGCUCGCAACGCCCAGAACGUUUCAGAAACGUCCCUUGCCUUCAAGGCACCGUUGGGUGUUCCUGGCUCCUAUGGUGCUCUCGCCUUCUGUAUCCUCAUCGGUCUCACCAAGAGUUUCAACGUCUUUGCUCACAGCCCCAAAACUUAUGGUAACUUCGACUAUAAAAACUUCAUCACCUCUUACCUCGGUAUCCCUAUCUAUCUCAUCCUUCUCUUCGGAUACAAGUUCUACACCAAGACCUCCGGCGUCAAGGCUGCAGAGGCCGAUCUCUGGAGUGGAAAGGAUGAGAUCGAUCGUGAGGAGGCUGAGUUCCUGGCCCAGGAGGCUCUCAGGAGAGAGCAGCAGGGUGAUGCCGGCUGGUUCUACAGGACAUUCGUAUCCUGGCUAUUCUAG